GUCAGAUGUCAGUCCAGUGUUCGGAGUCGCGUUUGGCAACGCAGACAGAACAGAUGAAGACUGCUGGAGUGGAUGAUGCAGGUCUGUUCACUGAAAGCUACUGUAACAUCUGUAAUGCACAACUCAUCUCAGAGUCGCAACGCAUCGCACACUACGAGAGUAAGAAGCAUGCCAAUAAAGUGCGUCUCUUCUACAUGUUGCAUCCAGAGGAUGGAGGACCCCCUUCCAAACGCCUCCGACCAGACAACCCGGACAGUGCAGAGACUGAGGUGGACAGGAAUAAAUGUUGCACUCUGUGCAACAUGUUCUUCACAUCAGCAGUGGUGGCGCAGUCCCACUACCAGGGCAAAACCCACGCAAAGAGACUCCGCCUCGUCCUAGGAGACACACCCCCUGUACCCGCCCACACAGAUUUGGCUCCUCCCCCCAGUCAAACCUCGCCCGACGCCCCAAUACUGGCCCCUCCCCUCCCAGCCGAUUGGUUGAGUGUGGGUGUGGGCGUGUCCAGGGGCGUGGUGAGGGAGGCAGCUAAGUACUGCUGUCUGUGUGGGGCGUGGUUUAACAACCCGCUGAUGGCCCAGCAGCACUACGAGGGCAAGAAGCACCGCAGGAACGCCACCCGCGUCCAGCUGCUCCAACAGCUCGCCGACAGCUUGGGAAACACACAGACUGCAGGUUUACGGAGCAGCUACUCAUGCAGUGUGUGUAAAGUAAUUUUAAACUCCAUUGAACAGUAUCAUGCUCACCUCCCAGGGAUCAAACACCAGAACAACAAAGGUCUGAAGCAACACCAGCAGUGA